AUGAAGGGAGAGCAUUUAUUUGCAAACCUUACAAACGCUCCAUUCUUCCAGAGGGUUUACCUACUGGGGGGUGAGGAACUGGUGGUGCUGCAGCCUUCUGCUGGGGAGACGUCACUGGGAGAUAGCUUCCACCAGAUCACUGACUUCAAUGACCUGCCCACCUCUCUGUUUGCCUGUAAUGUAGACCAGUCUGUGUUUGAGACACAGAGGGACAAGGAGAUGUUUGAAGCUCUGUUCCUUGCUUACGAUGACCACGUGACCUUCCAGCUGUUCAAGAGCUUCCGACGCGUACGCAUCAACUUCAGUAACCCUAAAGCAGCAGCCAGCGCCCGGAUAGAGCUACAUGAGACCCCCUUCAGGGGCAAGAAACUCAAACUCUACUUCGCCCAGGUACAGAACCCCACAAGUGACGGAGAUAACCUGCACCUGGCCCCGCCCCAGCCCUCCAAACAGUUCCUCAUCUCCCCGCCUGGAUCUCCUCCCAUUGGCUGGCAACAGAUCGAUGAGGCCACGCCCGUAAUUAAUUACGAUCUGCUGUACGCCAUAGCCAAGCUUGGCCCAGGUGAGAAGUUUGAGUUACAUGCAGGCACUGAGUCCACGCCGAGUGUGGUGGUCCAUGUGUGUGACAGUGAUUCCGAGGAAGAGGAGGAACCAAAGAACUGCCCCAAACCAAAAAUCGUCCAAACCCGCCGCCCUGACCUCCCAGUCUCCCACUGA